AUGCCAGCUUUCGCAAACCUAUGCCACGGCUGGCCGCGCGCAAAGCAGAACCCAGGCAAUUGGAUGGAUGAAGGCAUAGAAUAUCUAUGGGAUCUCCCCGCCCAAGCUUCGAAGGGCGACACACACGCCUGCCACCCCAGGCAACGUGCACCAGCCCAAUACCUUACUCCCACGAUCCCGCAAGAGCCUGAUAGCAAGCCACCCUACCAUACUGCGCCAGCCCCAAUGGCAACAGCCGCAGCCGGCUCUCCCAUAACCCUCAUGUUUGGUGGCAACGGGCACAGCCGGGGUAACUUCGGGGGCGUGGAGAAAGGCGAUCCGGGAAGGGUCGCGGUGUACUGGGCUGGUAGCAAAGAAAAGGAAAUCGUGGAUGUGAAAGAAUUGACAAAGGAGAAUCUUAUGCAGGAUAACGGGUUUAGCGAGGAGAGCUUUGCGUAUCCGGCGGAUUUGAAGGUUACGGCGCCGCCGGCGCUGCAGGAUAAGGGGAAUUGGCAGACGGUUCAUUUGUAA